CGAAAGCUAUCAUGUCCAUGACAGAGCUAUCACAGCCAAAGGCAAAGCGUAGAGGCACCAAACGAACGAAUGUAGCUUUCUCCGACGACGACGACGAAUCGGAUGGUCGCGCUCGGGAUCAUCCUCAUUCCCCCAAGAGGGCCCGUAUACACAGCACUGAACCGGAUACCGCCACAGACCAUCACUCACGUCAACAUUCUCUGGAGCCUUCGCCAAACGUCGGUCAGUCAGAUGCAGUUGCGACGAAGAAACCUAGGAAAAGGAGGCCAAGUACCCGAUUUGUUGACGAGGACGAUGAUUAUGAUGUCAACGUCGAGGAUGAUACUGAUGACCUCUCCAAGGCAUCUGUUGCUAUCCCAGAUGGCUUUCACGAUGACAACGAAGACUUCAUUGAUGAUGACGAGGAAGCGCCCAUGAAAGGGAGUAAGAAGGGAAAGAUGAAGGGUGUAAAAGCGGCUGGGAAAGGCAGAGGUAAAAUCAAAGCCAAGUCAGAGGUGAAAGAGACCAAGAUGAAAGACGAGCGAAAAAGCAUUUCGAAACCGAUACCAUCCGAUACCCAACCUCCUUCCUCGAAACGGCCCAAGAUUCAAGAUACGGGCGAUGCACCUAGCGGCGAUAGCGCUGCCUCUCAGCUCAUGAAGGAUGAUCAUCCUACACAGGUGCCGAAGAAGAAACUUCCUACGAUUAAGAAGAACAGGGAACCAGGUCCUUCCACUCCGUUAGUGGCCAAGUCUGUGCCUUCAGCACCGACAGUUCCCAAGGACGACUUUUCUUUGACCAAUACUCUCACAUCGGUUUCUAGAAAGCCGCCCCUCGUGAGUGGGGGUGACUUGGAUUUGAGCAACAGUUCAGUAUAUUCGUCUCUGUUCAAGCCUGCCGCUAACACGCCGCGCACUUCCUCGAAUCGAGAUGCUGAAAGACGGAAAGAGCUGAAUAAACUGAGAGAGGAAGCUAGGACGAAGCGUGAACUAGAAGCAAAUUGUCACUUUAAUUUGCAAGGUGACAUGGAGAAGAUAUUACGAUUUGAAGACCGAUUACGGUCUAUCAGAAGCCCCACCGUGUACCCAAACGUACUAGGCGCUAAAUGGAAAGAACAGUGGGAACGGGACAAACGGCAUCGCGUCCAGACGACAUCCAGGGACGUGGGUGAUAGCCGCGAGGAAGGUGAAAUGUGAAGAUCAUUUAAGUAUGUUACUCCGCCACAACUUAAUGCACUAAUAUCUCUGGGAGCUUGCACGUACUCUGAGGGUCAAUCGCGUACGGCAGAGGGCCCAACUUGCCCGUGUCCGCGGGUAGGUGCAGCCGUUAGACUUUCAAACUUUGCGAGCACGUCUUCCCAACCUCACUGCAGUAAUAUCAUAGAUAUGUGCCUUACUUGACCUCUACAAU